GCCCCUUAUUCACUAUCAUAACUAAAAGGAUAAACCUAUGAAUUUAACGUCAUUCUCCGAUAGGACCAAGCCAAAUGGGCUCGAACCUCUUCAAAACAACCCAAGUCCAAGAACGCUCCUUUGGGGAUUCGAACCAGAGCCACCCGCUCCAUACCCCACCAUGAUAUCAACAGAGUUAUCGUCACGCCCCAAAAGCAGAGUAUGAAAACAAGUGUUGCGUUAUGAGACUCGAACCAGAGCCACCCACUCCGUUGCCCAGCAUGAUACCAACAGACAGAGCUAACAAGAAGGUUCUAAAGCAGAGUAUCAAACUACAAAUGUUGCGUUGGAGAUUUGAACCUGAGCAAUCCACUCCAUACUCCACCAUGAUGCCAACAAAGUGUUGGGGACGGCUGGAGUGACAGAGCGUGAGAGUCAUGGCCAGGACCAGGUGCGCGGGCAGUAUGACGCCAGCUCGAUACUGUGGCUUCGUCAUGGUGGCCUGCAGUUUUGUGGUGCACAUGUUUACCGUGGGCACCAUGUUCUCUCUGGGAGUCCUCUACGUCUCCUGGCUACAAGACUUCGGACAGAGCAAAGGGCUCACCUCCUGGGUGGUCUCCAUCGGCGUGGCGUUUUUGUUCGGCAUCGGUAUCGGUCUUGGCUUCAACUAUCUUCCCGCCGUGACUAUGAUAGCCGAAUACUUCAACAAGCGACGUGCGGUGGCCUACGGUAUCGCCACUGCUGGCGUCGGUAUCGGUUCCUUUCUGCAGGCGCCGCUGAUCAACUGGUUGGAGGAUCGAUACAGCUGGCGAGGCGCCAUGCUCAUUCUUUCGGCCAUUCAUCUCCAUCUGAACAUCCCGGCGCUCCUGAUGAAACCACGGGCGAAUUUCGGCCGUUACGAUUUGGACGUGGAGCAGGAAGCGGAGAAGGAUGGCGAGGGAGACGAGCUCGAGGACACCAGCGUUUUGGUUGACGGGGUCAAACGUCAUCAUGGCCAAGGGGGAUUCCCUGAGAAGGACGCGGCGUCUGUUACAGAAAGACUUGACAACGGAGAGCCCCCGUCAGGAACUUCUCUCUCUCCCUCUCCCUCUCACCUAUCCCCAGACCACGACCCCUCUGGUCAGUCGCCAGACCAUCAGACGACCACGCCCCAACGUCCGGUCAACAAAUUCCUGGAUGUCGAUCGGUUAUCAUCCGGGCGCACGGGGAUGGGGGGAAGCUACCAACAUCUUCACGCCAGGUCACCCAGCGACGUGAACCCACGCCAGUUCUCUAGUGUCUCAGAGCUGCGGCUCUCUACUCCUGGUGGUUUGGGUUCGAAUCCUGCAGGUCAGGGCAGUGACUCGGGGAGUCGGAAAAGCAGCUUCCGAAAUAUAGACAUGUUGAUGUGUGGUAGUUUGUACAGUUUACGAAUGGCUGACGAGAAACUCGGGUCUAAAAAUAGCCUUCAUUAUAACACUCUGGCCAGCAAAACGGUGCCAGAGGAAGGGGAUGUAGACUCCUUGAAGGAGACCCCCGUCGUACGGACAACACCGCGAGGCAAUGCCGUUGUUCGAGGUUUACACUACCUCAUUGACCACUUCUCACUGCUCAAAGACAAGAUCUUCUUCUCUCUAGCCCUCAGUAACAUUUUCACAAACCUGUCUUUCCUCAUGCCCAUUCUCUACAUGGUGGAUCGUGCUGUGGAAGCGGGCAUUGACAAGUCAUCAGCCGCUAUUUUGGUUUCUAUUAAUGGAAUCGGUAACCUGCUGGGCCGUUUUCUGUUUGGACUGUUGGGUGAUCUCCCUUGUGUGGACAGCGUGGUGUUGUACGUGCUCACGCUCACGGUGUGUGGGGCUGGCACGUGCAUGAGUCCGGUGUGUGGUGGGAGUCUCGUCUUGCAUGGAGUCUACUCAGCCUUCUUCGGGAUCUUUAUGGGUGGCUACGUGUCUCUGGCCCCUGUGGUCACCGUGGAACUGAUGGGCGUGGCGAGGGUGGGCCAAGCCUAUGGCAUCCUGCUCUUCUUCAUGGGCGUGUCUGGGGCUCUGGGCCCGCCCCUUGCAG